CGCUGCGGGACGGAGGGCAGGGACCAUGGGGCUGGCAGAUCUCCUUGUCCCACUCCUCUUCCUCGGGGUGGCGGGUGACCCACUGACGAUAUACACCCUGCCCUCCUCCUCGGCUGUGCUGGGCUCCGCAGCGUUGCUGAAAUGCCGGUUCAACAUCGGGGGGCCGAUCAAUCUAACCACGCUGCAGGUUCGCUGGUAUUUCUCGGAUCGCAGCGUGGCCCAGUACGACCGGGGCAAGGAAACAUUUGCACCAGGGGUGAGCAUCUCCCAGCAGGAGUUACUGAUCGGGAACGCCUCCCUGGGGAUGGAGAACGUACGAGUGUCGGACGAGGGGCAGUACAGAUGUGUGGUCGGGUACGGUGCGGAGCGGCAGCAGAGCGAGACAACCCUCCUUGUGUUCGCUGCGCCCAGACUCUCCAUCCUCCGGCGAUCGGCCAGGAGAGACGCAGCCAACUCCUUCCCCUGCCACGUGCGGGGAUUCUACCCCGGGGACGUCACCGUCGCCUGGCUGAGAGACGGGCGGGUUCUGGCCGACACCACCCGCUCUGCCCCCAAGAGGAACCCGGACGGGACCUUUAACCUCACCCUGACCUACACCUUCACCCCCACCGCGAGCGACUCCGGCAGCCUCUUCUCCUGCCGCGUCAGCCACGCGGCUCUGGCUCAGCCCCUGCAGGAGGGGUUCCCCCUGGCUGUCACCGUCCCAAGAGCAGGAGCGGAUCACACCAGCGCCGCGAUCGGGGCGACCCUGGGGAUCCUGGUCGCAGGGGGAGCUGCGGCUGCGUUAGCCAUUUACUGCCGGAGGAAGAGGCGGGAAGGUCCUUACAGUGCAGUGGAGAUGCCCCCCGAGGACCCAGCUGGGAGCAGAGACAAGACGCGCGGCGAGGACACGGUGCUGAUGGCGAAUGACGGGGUCAGGGAUGCCGGGAAAGGGCCUGAGCAGCAGCCGCUGUUACCUGCUCAGGGCCAGGACCAGAGCGAGAUUCAGGAGCAGGAGGACGGGGCGCAGGUCACAGCAAGUUCCAGUUCUUCUGGAUCAAAAGCGUCUGACGUGGGCCCAAGGGCGUCAUCCUGGAUCACGCAGGGGGGCCCAGAGGCAGAGGGGCCAUCCCUGAACCCGGAGCCACUGGGGGAGACGGGAGCCCCGGAUGAGGAGCGAGCGGGGGCAGCCUCCCCACGGACACAGCCGGCGGUGGAGGUGGCAUUCCCAGCCCAGCACAGUGCGGCUGGGGAGGAGGGAGAGACGGCUCUGAACCAGCACAGUGGGGAGGCGAUGGUGCCCACCAGCCAGCCCAAAGCAGGGGAUCAGGGGGCGCCCGGCAGUCAGACCAACGAGAAGGAUCAGGGGGUGCCUGACAACCAGACCAAAGCGGCUGCAAACACGGUGUCGGAUCCUGCACAGGAGGAAGAUGCCCAGGGAGAGGCAGGAGUCCCACAGGCUCCAGUUCUGUACGAGAUCUCCCCGUCAGAGGCCCUGGCCCCCGGGAAGCAGGUAACACUGAGCUGCCAAAUAGCCAGGUUCUACCCCAAGGCGCUGAGCGUGACCUGGUACCGACAGAAAAGAGGAGAGCCGGUGUUCCGGUGCUUAGACACUCUGGGCACCCACAAGAUUGUCACCCCAGACCCCACAGCCGCGCCAGAUGGGAAAUCCUACAGCGUGACGUCCCAGCUCGGCUUCACCCCCUCGGUGCCCGAGGACCACGGGGCAGAGUACCUGUGUUCCGUGGAACAUCAAACCCUGCAGGAGCCUGAAGGAAAAUCCACUGGGCCGCUGGAGCUCCGAGCCCGGCCACAGGUGUCCGGGAUCCAGGUGUUACCGCACUGGGAGCCCCGGGAGGAGGUGCCGUUUGCUGUCCAGAUCCAGAACUUUUACCCCAGGGAGAUUCACCGGAUCCAGUGGAGCUGGGACAGAGCAGGGAGCGGGAGAGACGAGACCCCAGAAAUCAGCCAGAACCCGGAUCUCACGUUCAGCGCUACCAGUGUCUGGAGAAUCCCCAGCCGGGGACUGAACCGUCCGGAGCUCAGAGUCCGAGUGUCCGUUCAGCAAAGCCCCCGAGAGCCCCCGAUCGAGAGAGAGAUCAGAGCCAGGGACACAGGUCUCCUGCGGCCCCCGGAGGUGUCGGAAAUCUCCCAACCCGAGUCAGUGACGGCGGGGGAGGAAAUCACCCUGAGCUGCCGCAUGGCGGGGCAUUUCCCUGGGGUGCUGUGUGUGACCUGGCUCAGGAGGAACACGGGGGCUGGGGCGACUGUUCGUAUACUGAACUCGGCCGAGUACAGCAUCGAGCCCGGAGCUCCCCACACACAGGACGGGAAAAGCUUCCAGCAGGAGACGAGACUCCGCUUCACCCCCUUGGUGCAGAGAGACCAGGGAGCAGAGUACGUCUGCCGGGUGGGACACGUCAUCCUACUGACCCCAGUGGAGAGACGCAGCAGGGAGCUGCAGGUCACAGAAUAAAGGGGCCGGCGUAGAAGGGCUGGGUGGUACUUGGCCUGCACCAGUUACCGUCUCUGAGGAGAAAAGCAAAGCAGAGCCACUGGUGGCCAGGCAGUCUGACUCUCCUGGGGAGCUCAUGGCGUAGGCAGGGUGCUGGGCAGCCUGGAAAUACGCCGGUCAGGAGGGAGAGCCAUGCAGAUCCCCACCCAAGAGAGGUGACGGCUGAGAGCGGGUGCUGUUGCUGGACCACGAUGGGGGACACAGGUGAACUGGGACGUACAUGGUGGCUGGGCAGCCCACCUGGAGAAAAGUAUAAACUCAGGGACACUGGCAUCACCACGGCACCUCUCCUCCCCCGCCCCCUCACUGAAGGCAACAGGGUCGUUUGAAAGACAAAGAAACAUUUGAACUGGGGGGGGUCCUAACGGGAAAAGCUUUCCAGUUAGCACUGGCUGCUGUCGGUUUUUGGGUAAGAGAAACCUUAUUGCUCCAAAUUUGACUCAGCUGGAUAAAGUUUAAAGAAAUUAGACUGUGGUUUUAUCUUUUAUUUCUUUUUGUAACCAAUUCUGAACUUCUAUGCUUAUACCACUUACAAGCCCUUAACAUCUCUCU